GAGCUUUCUUCACCAAAAAUUACGUACCUAUAGGUUAUUUUUUCCUUCUAAAGGAAUGACAUACCUUAUACCUCACAAUUUUAAUGCAGGUGAGAGAAGGAAGGUAAGCCGUCCUUCCUCCUUUUUUUCUGUUUUUUCCCUCGUCACAUCACAUUCUCUGUACUACAACCUACGAAACACGAACCAAAGACGGUUCGUUCCCUAUCGAACUACAUAUCUAUAGGUAUCUCCUGACACCCUUUUUGCUCGAGGCCAUCCCCGUGGGCUGAUUCGAGCUCGAAAAGAACGCAUCGGACGGCUUCGCUAGUAUAUUACCCCCUUACUCGUCCUCACAUGUAGCUCAACCUCCGAUCUCAACCUAAGAUACAUUGACUGGACUACCACCCAUAGUUAUCCAGUAAAGCUAGAAAGCUCCUAUCUCUACAUAUAUCCCUCUCUUCUACAUAUCCAACUUCCAUAUCCUUUAAAAUAUUAUACCUUUAUACGCUUCCUCAUAUCUAUCAACAUGGCUACGCCGAAGAAGAAGAUCGCCGUCAUGACCUCCGGUGGUGACUCGCCGGGCAUGAACGCAGUCGUACGAGCAGUCGUACGAAUGGCCAUUCACAUGGGGUGCGAUCCCUUUUGCGUCUACGAAGGUUACGAAGGUUUAGUUCAAGGCGGAAAUUUCAUCCGACAGAUGGCAUGGAAUGAUGUCCGAGGCUACCUCUCCGAAGGUGGUACCCUCAUAGGCACCGCCCGAUGUAUGGCUUUCUACGAACGCCCAGGUCGUCUAACCGCCGCUAAGAACAUGAUCCUGAACGGAAUUGACGCUCUUAUCAUCUGCGGUGGUGAUGGUUCUCUUACUGGUGCAGACAAAUUCCGAGCCGAAUGGCCUUCCCUAAUCGACGAGCUCGUAUCGACCGGUCAGCUAGAAGCGAAACAGGUCGAACCGUAUAAACAUCUCAACAUUGUAGGGCUCGUUGGCUCCAUCGACAAUGACCUUUCCGGAACCGACGCAACAAUUGGUGCAUAUUCGGCUUUGGCGCGUAUUUGUGAAAUGGUAGAUUAUAUUGAGGCAACCGCCUCUUCGCAUUCGCGCGCUUUCGUUAUAGAGGUCAUGGGAAGACAUUGUGGUUGGCUCGCCCUAAUGGCAGGUGUGGCUACUGGUGCAGAUUUCAUCUUUAUUCCGGAGAAACCUAGGGAGGAUAACUGGCAGGAGGAGAUGCGACAGGUCAUCAGAAAGCACCGUGACUGGGGAAAACGUAAAACCAUCGUCAUCAUCGCAGAAGGUGCCCUCGAUAGACACGGAAACAAGAUUACGCCAUCAAUGGUAAAGGAUCUUCUUGCGGAUAAACAGGGUCUAGCUCUCGACACCCGCAUUACAACCCUCGGCCACGUCCAAAGAGGAGGAACAGCGGUGGCGUAUGACAGGAUGCUCGCUACAUUACAAGGAGUUGAGGCUGUCAAAGCUGUACUAGAGGCAACCCCUGAGACCGAAACUUGCUUCAUCGCUAUCACCGAGAACAAGAUCGUUCGCAAGCCUCUAAUGGCAGCCGUACAAGAGACCAAAUCGGUAGCUAAAGCUAUCGAGGCCCAAGAUUUCGACAAGGCCAUGUCUCUGCGCGACACCGAAUUCUCCGACCAAUAUAAGUCCUAUAUGAUGACUACUACUAUGGGCCUUGAUCAAGACAUACAUCUAGAAGUCAAUAAAAGAAUGAAGAUUGGGUUUAUAAAUGUUGGAGCACCCGCCGGCGGUAUGAACGCUGCUAUUCGUGCAGGUGUGGCUUACUGUCGAUCUCGUGGACACGAGCCUCUCGCUAUCCAUAAUGGUUUCGCUGGCUUUGCAAGGCAUCACGGCGAUGAGCCUCUCGGUGCCGUACGACACUUCGACUGGCUUGAGGUUGACGGCUGGGCGAGCAAAGGAGGUUCGGAAAUCGGAACGAACCGUGAACUCCCCGAAGAAUCCGGGAUGGAGCUGAUCGCCAAGUUAAUUGAGAAGUAUGAAUUCGAUGCCUUGUUCCUGAUCGGCGGCUUUGAAGCCUUCCAUGCGAUUUCACAACUACGCAAGGCUAGGUCCAGGUUCCCCUCGCUUUGCAUUCCCAUGACCUUGUUGCCAGCGACUAUUUCGAACAAUGUCCCGGGAACAGAAUACUCUCUAGGCUCUGAUACUUGUUUGAACGAGCUUGUUGCAUACUGUGACAAGAUCAAGCAAUCCGCUUCAGCCACCCGAAGACGAGUUUUCGUCAUCGAAACUCAGGGUGGCCGAUGUGGAUAUGUGGCGGUCCUAGGAGGGCUAGGUGUAGGUGCCAGUGCGGUUUACAUCCCAGAGGAGGGUAUCAGUUUGGAGAUGCUAAACGCAGAUGUCGGGCAUCUAAAAGAGGUUUUCAGAAAGGAUAGGGGUCAAUCACGAGCAGGUCGAUUGAUCCUUGUUAAUGAGAAGGCAAGCAAAGUCUUCUCCGCUAAGCUCAUCGCGGACAUUAUCCGCGAAGAAGCUCACGAUCGGUUCGAGUCUCGAGACAGCAUUCCGGGCCAUGUUCAACAGGGUGGUGUUCCGUCAGCAAUGGACAGGUGUCGUGCUGUCAGGCUAGCCAUCAAGUGCAUACAACAUCUCGAGAAGUACGGGCCUAAGCCUCAGAAGACACCCGAGAACAUCACCAAGGAUCCUCUAAGUGCAUCUGUUAUCGGUAUUAAGGGCGCGGACGUGGCAUUCUCGCCCAUGGAACAACUAGAGGUGAACGAAACCGACUGGAAGAACCGCCGUCCGACGGCGGCUCAGUGGCUGGAUAACAAGGAGGUCGUAGAUAUCCUUGGUGGGCGUCCGACGUACCCGUUACCAGAAAAAAGCCUGGUCGGUCUAACGGCCAAGGACGCGAAACGCGGGCUGAUUAAGGAAUAAAAUGGCUACUUAAGGGGACGGAUGGGCGGCGGGCUGGGUCGGGGUUUAAGGGAUAGAACAUUGGCGCAUUACCUCAGGUAGAUAGAUUGGAACGGUUAUGCGUGCAUGAUUAUGAGCAUUCGUUCGGGAAUAAGGUUGAGCUUUGACUUAUCAAAAUAAAUUCAUUACUCCGAA